AUGUCAAGUGAAGACAACAAUUCUUACGAAUAUACAUCGACGUUAUCUUCUGAAAUCGCCAUUCCUUAUCCAAUUCGUUUUUGGAUUAUGCUUCUCUUUUAUAUUCCAUCAGUUAUAUGUUCUUUGUUCAUCUUCUAUAAUUUUAUUGUCCAACGAACAUUACGUCACGCUUUAUAUAAUCAUAUUAUUCUUCUUCUUCUUAUCAUCAAUUUUAUUGUUCAACUAACAAAUAUUCCAUGGAUUCUUAAUUAUUAUCGUUUAGGAUAUGUUUGGCUACAAAAUCCUUUCUUUUGUCUUACAUGGACUGUUACUGAUGAAGGUUUAUUUAUCACAAUAACAGUUCUAUUUGCUUGGGCAACCAUUGAACGACAUAUUCUCAUCUUUCAUGAUCGAUUAGUAUCAACGAAAUAUAAACUUAUUUUCUUUCAUUAUUUACCAAUAAUAAUAAUUCUUCUCUAUUGCAUGUGUUACAAUAUUAUUGUAAUUAUUGUUCCACCAUGUGAAAAUACAUAUGAUUAUACUCAACCUAUAUGUGGUGAUAUUCUUUGUUAUUAUGAACUUCAAUCUGUAGCAGCAUGGGAUAUUGUAGUUCAUGUUCUAAUACCUACAAUAAUAAUUAUUUUCAGCAGUAUUGCUCUUCUUUUACGUGUUAUCUAUCAAAAAUAUCGAAUGCGUCGACCAAUUCUUUGGCGAAAUCAUCGAAAAAUGACAAUUCAAUUAUUAUCAAUUUCAGUUAUGUAUCUGGCUUUAUGUAUACCAACGAUGUUAAUGGAAUUUAUUCAUCUUUGUGGUGUUCCUGAAGAUUCUGAUGCCACUUUUACGUCGUAUGCAGAAUUCUUUGCAUAUUAUGGUAAUUUCUUUUUACCUUUUGUAUGUGCUGGAUCAAUGCCUGAACUUAAAAAUACCAUUAAGAAAAUAUUUCCAUGUUGGCGACGAACGCGAGCAGUUGCCCCUCAAACAUUCACAUUAUCGCGUCGUGGAGUUGGUGCACAAACAUUAUUGUCGCGCCAAACAUUGGUGCACAAUUAA